AGCACAUGCGCUCCGCUGCCAGCCCGAGCCGGGCCAAAAUACGAGCAGACGCCCGCCCUGUCCGCAUUGCUUCGGCAGCGAGCCGACCGAACACUUCCCCGCGUAGUCGCAAGAGCUUUAUUUUUAUACAGUGAUCGUUUUAUUGCCGGGAAACAUUACCAGUUCCACGACAGUGGAGUGCUGUGUGCUUUUUAUUUUAAUUUGACGAACAUCGACUCAAUCUUCCUGUGAUGCCCGCGAGCCUGUUCGACAUGGAGCGCUCCGCGGUGGGCGGAGGCCUGGAGGACCCGCGGUUCGCGCAGUUGGCGAUCGAGUUAUCACGAUUGAACUUCACCGGCGAUCAUCACAACAUUACCAAUGUUGCGGACAGUCUGGAUCCCAUUAUCCCGACGGCUUUCCCAGAGGAAACACGCAGCAAGAAGAGUCAGAAUAUGACGGAGUGCGUGCCCGUGCCCAGCUCGGAGCAUGUCGCCGAAAUUGUCGGCCGACAAGGCUGCAAGAUCAAGGCCCUGCGCGCCAAGACCAACACCUACAUCAAGACCCCCGUCCGCGGCGAGGAGCCCGUCUUCGUCGUGACAGGGCGCAAGGAGGACGUCGCCAAGGCCAAGCGUGAGAUCUUGUCCGCCGCAGAACAUUUCUCUCAGAUUCGCGCCUCGCGCAAGAACAACCUGUCCGGUCUUGGCGGGUCAGCAGGCUCCCUGUCGCCCCCAGGUCCCCCCUCGCACGUACCCGGCCAGGUGACUAUCUCUGUGCGCGUGCCCUACCGCGUCGUGGGUCUGGUAGUGGGCCCCAAAGGAGCCACCAUCAAGCGCAUCCAGCACCAGACAUCCACAUACAUCGUGACGCCGUCCAGGGACAAGGAGCCCGUCUUUGAGGUGACCGGACUGCCUGAUUCCGUGGAAGCGGCGCGCCGACAGAUCGAGGCUCACAUCGCAGUGCGUACCGGUGCUUCGGGCUCCAUGGGCACAGAACUCUUUGAGGACUCGACAGAUAUGCUGACGACCCUGUACUCCUCCCCAGGCUUGAACAACCUGUUCAACUCACUGGAGCCCAACAAUCUGAACCUGAGCAGCCUCAUCAAUAGCGGCAGCUCAGAUGGCGGUGUUCAGUCGUUCCCCAACCUGACUGGCUCGACCGGCAGCUCGGGACCCUUCUCGUCGGCCGGCUCUUGCUCUAGCUCGUCCUCGGGCUCGACAGGGGGCGGUGGCCGCCUGGGCGACCCCCGCGACUUGGUCAACAUCUGGAACAGCGUGGAACGCGACGAGGGUCUUGGCGAGUCUCCCUCAUUUGAGAGCGCUCUGCCUUCCUCGAACAUCUGGUCGUUCCCCGUGUCCUCGGGGACCUCGGCCACCUCCCUGCCCUUGGGGACGGACAUCGUGUCCCGACCCUCCCCGUCGCACUCGGCCUCCCCCACAGAGUCUCUGCACUCCCUGGGAAGCCUUGGCGGCAUCCUCGGCCACGGCCGUAACACUCCAACCAAACGCGACUGCAUGAUGUGCGCAGACCGCGAGAUAGUGGCGGCCCUGGUGCCCUGUGGCCACAACCUGUUCUGCAUGGAGUGUGCCAACGGCGUGUGCGACUCUGCUGAGCCCACUUGCCCUCAGUGCCAGCAGAAAGUUGCUUCAGCCAUCCGCAUCCGCUCCUAAGCGCUUUCCUUGAAUCUUUUUUAUUAUUUUUAAUUAUUUACGACGCAAAGAGUAUUUAAAUUUUUAUUUCUGUUAUAAAGACUGUUUGAAUGUUUUAGUUUCUUUUUGUUUGCCGUACAGUGUGCACUAAGAAAAUUUAUUUCACCCGUUGACGUUGAAGCUGCCCAUAACUGGUGCCACUUUCCAAACCCCAAAAGGAGCGGAGUGGAAUAUGUGCAUUUUGAACAGAGAUACUUAAUAUAUUAUCACAUGUAUUAUGAGAUAUUUUAACGAGAUUUAAGAAUUUUGUAUUUUGUGUAAGUGUGUAUGUAUGAGUAUUUAACCAAUAUGAAAGAAUACCUAUAACAAAACAUGUUGACUAGACUAUCUCUACUACUGAGAUUUUCUUUUAUUUCUUGUAGAUUUUUUUUGCGGGGUGAAGCCUGCAUAUUGUAAAUUGUUUAUGUAUUUAAUUACAAAUUAUCUAAAAUAUUUUAGUGUCAGCUCUUAGGCGGCCAGAGGAUGAGGUACCGACUCUCCCGGCUGUGAUUCUGAAAACUGCCAACGGCUGCGCACAGUGGUGCUGCCACAAUUGUCAGACUGGCCACAGGGGGCGAACUCUAAAGACAAGACAAAAAUAUUCAAAUAAGCUUGUGAUUGGACUGUUUAUUGUAGGUACCUAUCUUAAUUUGUCAAUCCUAGCCACAGCGAAUAGCAGUGGGGUGACGACCAUUCCUUGUUGUCUGGAUGUUUUAGAGUAAUGAAAACAUAUCCAUUUGUUGGUAUCUGUUGUUUGUUUCUGUUUGUGUGUGAUAUAUGCAUAUAAGUUAUUGAUAAUAAGAGUUUUAAUAAAUUAUUUCCCUAGUAAUAA